CACACGUCUCUGCCUUUUCCCAGGAAGAGCAGGAAAUGGUUGAACCGUGGGGACAAGUGACUUUUGAGGAUGUGGCUGUGGAUUUUACCCAGGAGGAGUGGCAGUACCUGAACCCUCUGCAGAGGAUUCUGUUCAGAGAUGUGAUGUUGGAGACAUACAGCAACCUGGUUUCUGUGGGGCAGGAAGUUACCAAACCAGACCUCAUACUCAAACUGGAAUUAGAAAAGUUGUUCUGGGAAGAAGGAAAAAUCCCCAUUUGGAACUUCCCAGAACUGUGUAGAUUAUACCAAAUAGAAGAACAGAUUGAGAGACAAUACCAGGAAAAUGAAGAUAAUUGCUUGUUGAUGGAUAUUGGAUUCCCUAACAAGAGAAUAUUUACCCCCAUCAAGAAUGGUUAUAAUGAAUUUGGCACUACUUUUCAUCUGUGUACAAACCUUAUUUCUUCCAUACAAAGACCUUAUAAACCUGAGUCGUUUGGAAAUAAUAUGGUAGAUAAUUUAGACUUGUUUAGUAGCAGCUCUGUAGGAGAGAAAUAUGAUAAUGGAUGUGCAAAAUUAUUCCUUCAUAAUGAAUUUGAGAAAACAAAUCUUGGAGUAAAACGUUAUGGAUAUAAAGAGUGUGGGAAGGUCCUCAAGAAAAAUAAAGUUCUAAGCUUGCAUCAGAGAAUUAAAAAUGGAGAGAAGCCUUUUGAAUGCACUGCAUGUAGGAAAACCUUCAACAAGAAAUCACACCUCAUUGUACACUGGAGAACUCAUACAGGUGAGAAACCCUUUGGAUGUACUGAAUGUGGAAAAGCAUUUAGCCAAAAAUCUCAGCUUAUUAUACACCUGAGAACUCAUACAGGAGAGAAACCCUUUGCAUGUCCUGAAUGUGGAAAAGCUUUCAGAGAGAAGUCAACCAUCAUUAUUCAUUAUAGGACUCACACAGGUGAGAAACCUUAUGAAUGUAAUGAAUGUGGAAAAGCUUUCACUCAGAAAUCAAAUCUCAUUGUCCAUCAGAAAACACAUGCAGGAGAGAAAACCUUUGAAUGCACUAAAUGUGGGGAAUCUUUUAUACAAAAGCUUGACCUAAUCAUACACCAUAGUACUCAUACAGGAAAGAAACCACAUGAAUGUAAUGAGUGUAAGAAAACUUUUAGUGAUAAGUCAACUCUUAUUAUACAUCAGCGAACUCACACCGGAGAAAAGCCUCAUAAAUGUGCUGAAUGUGGAAAGUCUUUCAAUGAAAAGUCAACUCUUAUUGUACAUCAAAGAACUCACACAGGAGAGAAACCCUAUGAAUGUAAUGUGUGUGGGAAAACCUUCACUCAAAAAUCUAAUCUUGGUGUACACCAGAGAAUUCAUUCAGGAGAAAAACCCUUUGAAUGUAAUGAAUGUGAGAAAGCAUUCUCUCAGAAAUCCUAUCUCAUGUUACACCAGAGAGGUCAUACAGGAGAGAAACCCUAUGAAUGCAAUGAAUGUGAAAAAGCAUUUUCUCAGAAGUCAUAUCUCAUUAUACAUCAAAGAAUUCAUACAGAAGAAAAACCCUAUAAAUGUAAUGAAUGUGGCAAAGCCUUUAGAGAAAAAUCAAAGCUCAUCAUACACCAGAGAAUUCACACAGGAGAGAAACCCUAUGAAUGUACGCUAUGUUGGAAAGCUUUUAGUCAGAAAUCUCAGCUCAUAAUACAUCAGAGAACACACACAGGAGAGAAACCCUAUCCAUGUAGUGAGUGUGGCAAAGCCUUCCGAGAAAAAUCAACAUUCACUGUACAUCAAAGAACUCAUACAGGAGAGAAACCUUAUAAAUGUACAGAAUGUGGGAGAGCCUUUACCCAGAAAUCAAAUCUUAUUGUACAUCAGAGAACACAUACAGGAAAGAAAGCCUGUGGGAAAAAUCACUCCCAGAAAUCAAAGCUCAGUGUGCAUUAAAAGUUAAAUUAAGAGUGCCUAUUAUUUUUUCUGAAGGAAGAUUUUAUUUUUUGGUUUAUGGUCACACUGGUGGUGCUCAGAAAUCACUCUUGGCUGGCUUGGGGGUACCAUAUAGGAUGGCAGGGAUUGAGCCUUGAUCGGCUGUGUUGAAGUAGAUGCCUUCCCUACUGUUAUUAUUUUGAUCCAUUAAUCAUAAUUUUGAAUUAUAUUCUGAACUUCUGGUUGAUUUAUGGAGAAUAUUUUCAGCCUUUUCAAAUUUUUUAUCUCAGGUUUGGAGAGAGCUCAAUGUACUGGGUAUCUAUUGUAUGCAGAAGGCCUGAUUCCUAUGCUGGGCACCAGAUAUACUUUUAUAGCUUCUUAAUAAUACCUAAGCACUGAGAAGUAGCUUAGCAGUAGUCCCGAAGCAUUUCUGGGUAUAGGCCCCAAAGCAAAAUUUUUAUCUUAAUUUUUCAUCUCAGUCUUCAUUCAAAGGAUACAAAGUAAGAAAAGGAGCAGAAAUAUAAUGUAUGUAUUAGAUUAGAAGACUGGCAGAAGAAAACAAGAGCCAGCACAGGAGAAUUCAGAGAUCACU